AUGAUGGCGUCUCGUUUCGUGCCUCGCGUGUUGAACCAGACUCGUGGCUAUGCUUCACAGGCCGCGAUUCGUCCGCCGAUCCAGAUCGAAGGCCUCGCUGGAAAGUACGCCACGGCUGCCUACGUGUCAGCCCUCACAAAGAGUGAGAAGGACCUAUCUAAGGUGGAGUCGGACCUGAAGUACUUCCACGACGUCCUGAAGUCAGACUCGCCGGAUGCUGUCAAAUUGCGCUCAUUCCUGACGAACCCGACCGUGCCAGCCCAGACUAGGACGUCGACGAUUAGCGAGCUUCUUUCCAAGCAGAAGGGCGGUGCUGAUGAGCUCACUACCAACCUUUUCAACACACUCUCGCAAAAUGGCCGCCUCGGCCUCUCCGAAAAAGUUAUUGAGGGCUUCCUGCAGUUGACGAGCGCUCACCGUGGUGAAGUCAUCAUCACGAUUACAAGCGCCAAGCCACUCGAGAAGUCAAUUUCGUCUCGUCUCGAAUCUGCGCUUAAGACGUCGCAGUUCGCUACGACUGGCGGUGCUAAGAGCGUCAAAUUCGACUACAAAGUCAACUCUUCGUUGCAGGGCGGUGUGACUGUAGACCUGGGCGACCGCUCCGUCGACCUUUCGGUCGCUAACCGGGUUAACAAGUUGAAUGCGCUCCUUCGUGACUCCAUCUAA